AUGUCUGUUCGAUACAGCUCAAGCAAGCAGUACUCUUCCUCCCGCAGUGGGGGGGGAGGAGGAGGAGGAGGAGGGUCAUCCUUCAGAAUUUCAAGCAGCAAAGGCUCCAUUGGUGGAGGAUUUAGCUCAGGGGGGUUCAGUGGUGGUUCUUUUAGUCGUGGGAGCUCUGGUGGAGGCUGCUUUGGGGGCUCAUCAGGUGGCUAUGGAGGAUUAGGAGGAGGCUUUGGCGGAGGAGGCUUUGGUGGAGGAGGCUUUGGUGGAGGCUAUGGAAGCAGCAGCUUUGGUGGGGGCUAUGGAGGAGGCAGCUUUGGAGGGGGCAGCUUUGGUGGUGGUGGCUUCAGUGGAGGCAGUUUUGGAGGCUUUGGGGGUGGAUUUGGAGGAGAUGGUGGCCUUCUCUCCGGAAAUGAAAAAGUAACCAUGCAGAAUCUGAAUGACCGCCUGGCUUCCUACUUGGACAAAGUGCGGGCUCUGGAAGAAUCAAACUAUGAGCUAGAAGGCAAAAUCAAAGAGUGGUAUGAAAAGCAUGGCGGCUUAGGCCAGAGAGAACCUCGUGACUACAGCAAAUACUACCAAACCAUCGAUGAUCUUAAAAAUCAGAUCCUCAAUCUGACAACUGAUAAUGCCAACAUCCUGCUUCAGAUCGACAAUGCCAGGCUGGCAGCUGAUGACUUCAGAUUAAAGUAUGAGAACGAGGUCACCCUGCGCCAGAGUGUGGAGGCUGACAUCAAUGGCCUGCGCAGGGUGCUGGAUGAACUGACCCUGACCAAGGCUGACCUGGAGAUGCAGAUAGAGAGCCUGACUGAAGAGCUGGCCUACCUGAAGAAGAAUCAUGAAGAGGAAAUGAAAGACCUUCAAAAUGUGUCCACUGGUGAUGUAAAUGUAGAAAUGAAUGCUGCCCCAGGUGUCGAUCUGACUGAACUUCUGAAUAACAUGAGAAACCAGUAUGAACAACUUGCUGAACAAAACCGCAAAGACGCUGAAGCCUGGUUCAACGAAAAGAGCAAAGAACUCACUACGGAAAUCAAUAGUAACAUCGAACAAAUGUCCAGCCACAAAUCGGAGAUUACUGAAUUGAGACGCACGGUUCAAGGUCUGGAAAUCGAACUACAGUCCCAACUAGCCCUGCAAAAUCGAGCCAUCAUAGACAUCAAGGUCAUGGUGCAAAGCUUUAAGAGGCAUGAUGCAAACCUUCUGGAAAAGAAGCCAGCUUUUGCUGUUUAG